GGCUGCGAAUUUUUGCAUGAUAGAAGGGACCCUUUCACAAAUUAUAAUUUUUCCAUUGUCAACCCCUCCUUUUUACUUUCACGGGAAAAUAUGGCUCUGUUCUCAAAAUUUAGAGCGCAAGCGAUUAGAGCCUUUACUGCUCAACAAACCUUUGCAUUUUCAACAUGUCAAACAUCUAGAACAGUAGCUGCUCUGACUUGCCAUUCAAGGAAUAUGUUGCAGAAUAAAUACAGUACGAACUAUAAACGAUGGUUUAGCGAUCAAAAACCUGCUGAUUUUGAUCGAUUCAGCGAUGACCCCAGUACCAAUAACUCAACAGCAACAACUAGGGAUAUUGAAAAGACUGAGGAGGAGGAAGAAGACAGUUUAGAAGAAAUAGAUCCCAAAGAUUAUCCUGAACUGUUUUCCAAAACGAAAGAAUGCUUUGAUGAUAGUAUUGACGAAAGUGAUGCAGUGGAUACAGAAUGGUUUGUUGAUCCCGAUUACAACGAUUCCCAGCCUCUUUCAGAGGAAGACUUUAUACCUUUAUGGCAACGGCGGGCUGUCGAAGGUGCUGUUAGUAAACAUCUUGAGAACCGUUUAGCCCUUCAACAAGCUUCGCAAAAACUUAUGGAAACCGGCACUCUCACCGCUGAUACCAUCAAAAGUCUUUUGGAGGAAAGUAACAUGGACGAUAUUACUGUUCUGGACGUACGACAAAAAUGUGAUUGGGCCGAUAGCAUGAUCAUUGCCUCAACUGAUAAAGGAAACAAGUAUUUGAACUCUAUUGCUGAGCAUGUAAGAGGGGUAGUAAAGAAAGCGAUACAGGCCCACCCUGAAACAUUAAAAGAGCAGGCUUUACCAAGGAUUGAAGGAAAGGAAGAUCAGUCAGGUUGGGUGUUGGUAGACUUGGGACGUAUUGUGGUGCAUUUAUUUACACCAGAACAAAGACAACAUUAUCAAUUGGAGAAGUUGUGGCAAGAGACGAUAUCGACAGAUCCUACGCAGCCUAUGUCACUUGAAAAUAUUGAAAAAGCGGCAAAAUAAGUUUAAAAACUUGAAGAUCUUAGUUACUGUUUCCUAAUGUAUUUAUAUUGAUUGUAACCAUUAUAGACUGAUUUUUUUUUUUUUUUAUUU